CUUUCAAUGGCAAAAGCUGUCAGUUUUUUUGUGUGAACUUCUGGGAAGAGGAAGGAAAAUAAACAAAAUAGAAAGAUGUGUCGUAUCCUGAUUUACGGAUGUCCUGCAGUUGUGGGACAAAUAUCCACAAAUGGUGCAGAAACCUUUGUAACAUGCAGCCAUAUUCAGCAAGAAUCAAAGGACACGAUUAAAUCAGAAAAAUUUGAUGGGGAGAUUUUUGUCUCUCAUGGAGAAUUCCCUCAAUUCCACAAAUUAAUCUUCGUCCAGACGUUUAAGGAAGAGAAACCGGACGUUGACAAUGAACCGGAUUUGAGUGAGGAAAUGGUGGAAGCUUUUGAAAUGUCGGAAACUCAUCUUGUUGUCAAGGAUGAAGAGUUUCCCUCAAGUUCAUUUCAGGAAAGUUCUCAACUGGAUGUGAAGAAGGAAGAACAAAAGAGCAAUGUGGAAGUAUCACCUGCUGGUGUACCCCCAUAUAACUGUCAAAAAUGUGAGAAAAUCCUGAAAACUCGAGCUACUUUCUUGAAGCACAUGAAGAUGCACAGCAAACGAUUCAUCUGCUCAAUUUGCACAAAAGGAUUCGAUAGGGAUGAACAGAUGCAGCAUCACAUGCUCAAGCAUACAGGAAGUAAAAUCUACUCGUGCACACACUGUGAGAAAUCCUUCGAUAAGCAGUGGAAGCUGACUGAGCAUAACUUCAAUCACAGCAAUGAGAAGCUCUUCAAGUGUGAUCAGUGUGACAAGACAUUCAGACGCAGGACAGGCCUGAAAUCACAUUUAUUCAGUCACACAGACUCACGAGCCUUUGUUUGUGAGCUCUGUGGGAAUUCCUUUAGGCGGAAACCAAUCCUGCGACGACACAUCCUCACACAUUCCGAAGUGAGAGCCUACAAGUGCACCCACUGCGAAAAAUCCUUCCGCACGAGCAACAUCCUUCAGAGUCACCUUGCAACGCAUCAGGAUGUGCGACAGGCGUAUGUUUGUGAUAUAUGUGGAAAAUCCUUGAGUACAAAAUCCAGCCUCAAUGUCCACAAGAAGUCUCACAGGGAGAAUAGGGAGCUCUUUCAGUGUUCAAUAUGUGAGAAAAAAUUCUUCUCAAAGGCUCACCGGAAGCGCCACAUUAUGCUGCAUAUGGGUGAAUCAAACCAUAAAUGUAGCUACUGCGAUAAAACCUUCGUCCGUAAGGAUCAUGCUGAGGAGCACAUGGCUCUGCACCUAAAAUAUGGGGACAGGAAGUUCAAUAGGAAAGGAAAGAAGCAGGUGCAGCGUGUGAUUGAUAUGUGUUGAAAUUAGAAGGAUUAUGAAAGAUUCUCUUCGCUCCUUCCCUUCGGUGUUUAGUCCAUUUAGUCUGUAAAAUUUUAUUUAAUUUUUUAGUACGUAAGAAGAGCAAGAACUUUGGGAAAUUCUUACCAGAACUUCCACAAAUUGACCUUAAGGACCUUUCAAUUUUGAAUGAUCAUCAAUUAGAGGUCAGAAGUUUGUAAAUAAAUCAUUAAUUUCAUUCUUC